ACAACAGCUUGGAAUCUGUUGUUGACCAUUCUUACUACAACAUUUUCGUCGCCAGCACAACUUCUUCUUAUCUUUCUUGGAAUCUCCUGCACCCGGUUGCUGCCCAUCACAUCCUCACAAUCAGGCGGUCUCGCUCGAAGCUCAAAACCUCUUUCAAAUACGAACUGCUACCUUCGAUAUUUCGGUGCGACGGCGAUCGAUCUUCGAUACUUUUGCUCAUUUAUUUCGAUUUGAUAGACGUCAUCCCACUAUCACCACCAUCAUGCAUCGCUUCAAACCAAUCAUACUCUACACUUUGCUCGGCUUCGUUGGAUUGAUAAUCGUCAUCAGCUCUACCAUCGCACUCGAUCAGGAUUCACUUUCGGACCCAGUACCACUGCAAUCAAAACCACAAGGCUCCUCAAACUCGGACUUAUCUUCAUCGGGACGAACCCGAGAGCAGGAAGGCCUCGCACUGUAUAAUCGAGCCCUGCGACUAUUGAACCAUGUUCAAUCUCAUUCAAAUCUAGUCCCUCCCCGCACCUCGCUGCAUCCACCUCUCUCAAUCCUUUCGCCCUCCUCUUAUGCACCCCUCCUCGAAGAUAUCCCAUGGCUUAACCGAGGUGUUUUUUCAUUCUUCCUGAAAUUACUGCGCAAACCCUCCGAUUCAUCAAGCGAAGAUAAUGACAAUUCAACCAGAAGAGACCCUAAAAAACCAGCCCUGCUGCUCGUACUCGGAUUCCCCAAGAGAGUUUUCGAUCGCUUUGGACGUACCUCAGCUCGGAUCACGAAGAACGGUAUGAAGUCGAGUUCAGCAAAAAUUCUCGGUCAGAAGGAGGCUGAAGAGGCCACUUAUCGAGCUAUUGAACACUUGAACAAGUCAGCUUUCGAGUACGGCAAUUUGGAUGCCGGCAUGACGUUGGGUAACAUUUGGUUAUGGGGCGGAAAUCCACCUAGUGUCAUUCCACGGGAUCCUCGUAAAGCAAUGGACGCUUUUGAAUGGGUUGCCAACCUCUCCGGAAACGCUACUGCUCAAGCAAACCUGGCAUUUCUAUAUGCCACUGGUUAUGGCGGCGCACUUGGUCACAAUCUCACGCAUGUGGGCGAUCAGAGCAAAGCAUUACUCUAUUACACAUUCGGGGCUCUUGGUGGCGAUUACGCUGCUGAAAUGUCACUGGGCUAUCGCCAUUGGGUCGGAAUCGGUACUCCACAGAGUUGCCGUGAAGCACUACCCUUUUACAAGAGUGCAGCUGAAAAAUCUAUGCGGACUUUUAAUGCUGGACCACCAGGUGGCCGACACAUGCCACCCACUAAAGUACGACUUUCGGAUCACGAUGGCGGGGUCUAUGGUCCUGGCGCUUCCGUCGCCUCUUCAGGGAAUAAUAAAAACCAACAUUCGCCUCAGCAGCCCUCGACUGUCCAAGCUUGGAAUGAUGUCCUGGAGUUUUAUCAGUUUCACGCCGACCGGGGAGAUGCCACUUUUAUGUUUCGCCUGGGGCGGAUAUAUUAUUACGGUUUUGGCAGUGCUGGUGAUAGCAUUCAAGAUUUUGCCUUGACCAAUGGGCGUAAUUAUUUGAAAUCAUUCAAAUGGUUCAAUCGAAUUGUUCGUGCUGUAUGGCCCCGUGAUCCAGAAGCAGCGACAUCCCCGAAUGGACAUGCAUACCAGAAUAAGCAAGGUCAAUGGCAGACACCUACAGUUGGGACUUACGACGCAACUAAGGAUCCCAAACAGCCCGUCGAUGAAACCCAUUUAGUUGCUGCCGGACUCUCUGCUGGCUACUUGGGUCGGAUAUACUUGCGCGGAGAAGGCGUCCCGCGCAAUAAUGCCAAAGCAUUCCUUUGGUUCAGUCGAGGUGCAAGCCAAGGUGACCGCGAGUCUCACAACGGCCUUGGAAUCAUGUAUCGUGAUGGAUUGGGUGUACGAAGGAACCUUGAAAAGGCUUUGGAAUACUUCCAACUAGCCUCCGAUGCCGAACUCGCUGACGCAAACGUGAACCUUGGGAAAUACUACAUGGGUGUAGAUCCUUUGAAUGCAAUUCCUUACUUCGAUAAUGCCAUCAAGAAUGGCGAUACUUAUCAAUCUUACUACUACUUGGCAGAAAUCAACGCUUUGAAUGCGGGACAGACCAAUAAACCCGAGUUCUGCCCGAUUGCAGUUGCAUUUUACAAACGAGUGGCUGAACGAGGCGAUUGGUUUCAAGAAGUUUUCUGGAAAGCUGAAAAGGCGUGGGCCGAUGGCGACGAAGUAACUGCAUUGCUUGGUUUCUUGAUGAUGGCUGAACGUGGCUAUGAAGUUGCCCAAAACAACGUCGCCUACAUCUUGGACCGUCACAAGAAACGACUUCGAUUACCUAAGGAGCGAAGUUCGGGUAACGCAACAGAUCGACUGGCACUUACCUAUUGGACGCGUUCGGCUGCUCAAGAUAAUAUCGAUGCCUUGGUCAAAAUGGGAGAUUAUUAUUUGGAUGGCUUUGGAACUUCGAGUGGCCAGCCCCAACCUGAAAAGGCAGCAGCCUGCUAUCAAACUGCCACUAACACACAUUUGAGUGCGAUGGCGAUGUGGAAUUUGGGCUGGAUGCAUGAAAACGGGAUCGGAGUUUCUCAAGACUAUCAUCUUGCGAAACGGUUUUACGACCUGGCUCUGGAGACCAACUCGGAAGCCUCCCUUCCUGUUACAUUAGCCCUGAUGAAGCUUUACAUUCGAUCGGUAUGGGACUACGUUAUCCAUGGCGAUUCGAAAUAUCUGCUAGUGUUUACGUCCGCAAGUGAUGAACAAAACGGUUCGGGAUGGUGGAGCUUGCGUCGACUGCGAGAUGAACUGACUCGAAGAUGGUUAGGCAUUUCACCACCCCCAGGUGCUAACCCUACUGAUGAGGCAGAAGUGAACGUCCCAGCCGAUGGGGAAGGGGCUGCUUUUGACGCCGCUGCGACACAAAGAGCACUCGAACAGGAUGAAGACCCCUUGGAGUGGGCCCGAAACGCCAGAGAACGAGACCGGAUGUUGGGUGAAGGAGAAGAGGAGGAUGACAUGUUUCUGGCAGGUAAUGCCGGUGAUGAUUUUUUGGAAACAGUUGGAAUUCUAUUUCUUUGUUUAGGCCUAGGGGCGUUCGUAUUCUUCCGCCAGCAAAGGGAACAGGCCAAUCUUCGAGCAGAAGCCGAGCAACAACACGUUGAAUUGGAUGAUGCACUCGAAGAGCUCAUUCAACCUCCAGCACCCGUCGCACCUCCAGCCAAUGACCCUAACGAUGCGACUCCGACAGAAGAUCUGGCUGAUUUGGCAGCAAGGAUACGGACAACUAGCGAGAUCGCUGGUGCCGAUGGGGAGACAAGUAACCAGAGGCAGGGAGAACAGCCAACACAAAAUGGUCAAAAUCAAGACGGAUUGAGAAGGAGGACGAGAACGGAUCAAGAGGAUGGAAACUAAAUCGAUCGACUUGCGUCCCACCCAACCUAAAAUGACUCGACUCUCGAUGCAGAUUGAGUGAUCUGCACUGAAUACUUAGCUUCGGGGCUAGUUCUCCCUCUCAAUUAAGAAGGCAAGACGGGUCAAAUAGAAGAUGUGUAUAAAUAUAUAUAAAUUUCAAGAUAGAGAAAAAUCAUCGCUGUACAUUAACAAUCUGACUAACCGGCCCUUUGCUUGAUCCUUACCCACAAAGCCAACUAUGCCGCUACACUGUCCGGUUCACUUCAAAGGGGUGUUGGUCUUGUUUUCAGAACGACAUAGAGGGGCAAACAAUUUUCGAUUUAACAAUGGUUGUUGUUUUGUUCUCCACGCAAAAUCAAAUCUCUCUCCUCCCGCAUCAUUACUCUCACUCUCUAGUCUUUCAAAAAUUUGUCGGAAUGUGUUUUGUUUUGUUCUUUUUUUUUUGAUGAGAAUGCAUGCACUUGUCUUUUUUUCCAACCAAAGAAAUCAGGCAUCGUGAGAGUACAUCUCUGAAUGAUUGAGUGCUUGUAGUAUCUGAUCUACACAUUUGCUUGUGGAUGACUGUCAGUCUGGA